UAACCUAUUAAAUUACAAUAGGAAAUUUUUUUCUAUUUAUAAAUGGAGUCUGGUAAGAUGUGCUAGAUGAACUUGUAAAGAGAGAAAAAAAGUUCAUAAGUGAACGAAAGAAGAAGAAGAAGAAGAUGGAGGUUGGGUUUUUGGGACUGGGAAUAAUGGGAAAGGCCAUGUCGAUGAAUUUGCUGAAGAAUGGAUUCAAAGUCACUGUUUGGAACAGAACUCUUUCUAAGUGUGAUGAACUGGUGGCUCAUGGUGCCUCAGUUGGACAAACCCCGGCAGAAGUGGUUAAGAAGUGUAAGAUCACCAUUGCCAUGCUGUCUGAUCCUGCUGCAGCUCUUUCGGUUUUCUCUGAUAAAGAUGGAGUUCUUGAGCAAAUUUGCAGCGGCAAAGGUUACAUUGACAUGUCAACAGUCGAUCCAGAGACUUCUUGCAAAAUUAGUGAGGCGAUCACAUCAAAGGGUGGCCAAUUCCUUGAAGCCCCUGUUUCUGGUAGCAAACAGCCUGCAGAAACUGGUCAACUGGUGAUUCUUGCUGCCGGAGAGAAGGCAUUGUAUGAUGCAGCAGUUCCAGCUUUUGAUAUCUUGGGAAAGAAGUCUUUCUUCUUGGGACAAGUUGGAAAUGGAGCCAAAAUGAAACUUGUUGUCAACAUGAUCAUGGGCAGUAUGAUGAAUGCAUUUUCGGAGGGACUCAUACUGGCCGAUCGAAGCGGACUGAACCCACAUGACCUUCUUGAUGUGCUGGACUUGGGUGCCAUUGCUAAUCCGAUGUUCAAAGGAAAAGGACCGGCCAUCCUCCAGAACAACUACUCCCCUGCAUUUCCUUUGAAACAUCAGCAGAAAGACAUGAGGUUGGCUCUUGCCCUUGGGGAUGAAAAUGCACUACAAAUGCCGGUAGCUGCCGCUGCCAAUGAGGCUUUCAAGAAGGCUAGAAGCAUGGGACUGGGAGACCUGGACUUUUCAGCUGUGGUUGAGACGGUGAAGGUACUUAAACAUUCAUCUUGAUAGCAUGGAUUUAUAAUGUCAUGGAGGGGACCAUACUUGGUUAAGGAUUUAGGCUUUCAUUCUUGGAUUUAUGAAGACGACCACUCAAUGUUAAGUAUGAAUCUGGAAAUUUUCUGCAACUUCAAGAGUUCCUACAACCACUGUAUAUGUCAAGUUAUUUAUUUAAUCAAGCUUAACAUCCCA